AUGGCUACACAGAAGAAAGAAGCAAAGAUUAACCAGGCUGAGAUGCAGAAGAGAGAAGUGCGUGAGCACAACGCUGCCAUGAAAGAAGCUGCUGGAGGUGGAACCGGAACCGGUUUAGGUUUGGGGUCAGCCACUCACUCAACCACUGGACACGUCGGACAUGGGACUGGGACCCACAAGAUGUCAGCUUUGCCUGGUCACGGAACGGGACAAGCAACCGGACACGUUGUUGAGGGAACGACCUUGACAGAACCUAUCGGGACAAACACUGGAACUGGUCGGACCGCUGCUCAUAACGCCCACGUUGGUGGUGGCACCACUGGGUACGGAACUAGUGGAGGAUACACUGGAUAA